UAACGUCAUUUAUGAAUCUAAUGUACUGUUUUGUAAAGCAUGUCAAACAUGUGAUCAAUUAAAGUGAUGUUAAAUUAAUAUCAUAUAAAUAACAGUAUAUUGUGUUUAAAUACAUUGAUAUCACUCUCGAUGGGAAUCACUCGACAAUACCUUCGAUGGUCUCAAAGAUCACUGUUUGGAUGCAUUGCUUCACAAAAUGCAGACAUUGUUUACUUAAAUAAUGCAAAAUAUGGAUCAAUUGAUAGAGUGGUGGCCACCGGUCAGUGCGAACGAGUGGCCAUUUGGGACACGAAGACUGGCGAACAAGUGAUGAUAUUAAGUGAUGACAAUUGCAAGAGUGAAGUAACCGCUUUAGUCACUAAUGCAAAUACGGCAUUGUUGGCCAGUGGACACGCUGACGGGACCAUUAGGUUAUACGAUAUCGAUAGUCGGCAAUUAAAAGUUACUUUCUCGGGACAUAAGUCACCGGUGACCACACUUUGUUUUGACACAAAUGGACUUAGACUUGCUUCCGGUGGUAAAGACACGGAGAUUGUGGUAUGGGAUGUGACAAACGAAUCGGGUUUAUAUCGACUAAAAGGUCAUAAAGGAGUGGUCACUAAAUUGCAAUUUAUGACUAAUCAUUCAGUACUAGUGUCGGCAUCAAAGGACACUUACAUAAAGUUUUGGGAUCUAACGACUCAACAUUGCUUUAAGACAUUAGUUGGCCAUCGAAGCGAAGUUUGGAGUUUUGUUAUCUAUAACUCAGAUCGACGACUAAUAAGCGGUGCCUCUGAUAGUGAACUUAAGGUCUGGAAUAUUGUUCAUAAAAGUGAUAAUUUGGACGAAUUUUGUACCAAAUUAGAAGAUCUUAAGAUUAAAACUAAUACCAGUAAUGAAGAUAUUGACGAUGACAUAGAAGAGGAGGUGAAUGAAGAGUCAGAUUUGUUAAUAAUUGAGAGGUUGGGAACUAUUAUGAGAAAAAGUACACAAAAAUUGACAAAUUUAUUUGUGGAUUCAUCGGAGAGACUAUUGAUAUGUCACUCAAAAGAAGCCAUAAUUGAAUGCUUUAAACUUCGAUCAGAAGAAGAAAUGAAGAAAUCGAUUAAUAGACGCAUUAAAAAAGCAAAUAAACGACGAAUUAAGAGUACCGCCAAUGAUUUGAGUGGUAAUGAAGAGGUAGAACAGGAUUCAGUAGACAAAGAGAUAAACGUUAAGACAUUAUCGGAUGAAAUUGAGAAAUUGGAGUUUAUUCAUACAAAUGGUGCAAAAGUGAAGUCAUGUGAUGUCGUACUCGUCAAGAAUGAGUUCAAAGUGGCCGCACUUUUGACAGACAAUUCAAUUGAACUUUUUUCGUUUCGUCCAUUAAGUGAACCACAAAUGUAUGGUUGUCUCCGAUUACAAGGCCAUCGAACUGAUAUCAGAUCAGUUAGUAUUAGUUCGGAUAACUUUUCAUUAGCGACAGUCAGUUCCGAUUCGGUUAAGAUAUGGAACAAAUCGAGUACUAAAUGUAUAACAACGAUAUCAGAUGGUGUAGAAUAUGGUUUGUGUUCAGUGUUUGCACCGGGAGAUCGAUAUGUUAUUGUUGGCACAAAGACUGGUAGAUUACAGAUGUAUGAUAUAAAUGCCGCACAACUUAUCAAUACUAUUGACGCCUCGGAAGACUUGUUACCAAUUUGGUCGAUAUGUUUGAUACCGAAUGCACAGGGAUUGGUGUCGGGUAGUGAAGACAAAUUAGUUAAAUUUUGGACUUUUGAAUUACAAUUAGACACCGUUUCAAACACGAGAUCACUAAUUGUUGGUUAUAAACGAACUCUGAAGAUGGAUGAAGGAGUGUUGUGUGUUAGGGUCUCACCAAAUGGCAAAUUUGUUGCCAUCUCACUGUUGGACAGUACUGUCAAACUGUAUUUUUACGAUACCUUAAAAUUCUUUUUGUCAUUAUAUGGCCACAAAUUCCCGGUACUUUCAAUGGACAUAUCAUCUGAUAGUUCACUUAUAGCUACCGGUUCAUCAGAUAAAAACAUUAAGAUCUGGGGAAUGGAUUUCGGUGACUGUCAUAAGUCAAUCUUCGCUCACGACGACAAUAUAAUGUGUGUCCAAUUUGUACCAAAAACUCAUUAUUUGUUUACAGUAUCUAAAGACAAAACUCUAAAGGAAUGGGACGCCGAUAACUUUGAGAAAAUAAUUACAUUAACCGGACAUCAAGCAGAGGUAUGGGCUCUAGCGGUCAGUCUAAAUGGCAAAUUUGCUGUCACAGCAUCACAUGAUAAAUCAAUCAGAAUUUGGGAAAAAUCUUCAGAACCGUUAGUUUUAGAGGAGGAACAGGAAAUUGAAAGAGAGAAACAAUUUGAAGACUCAUUGUUUGCUCACGAAGAGACUGUCAUUGCCGGAGAAACAAACAAAGAGACAGCACUUCCAUCUAAGAAAACUAUCGAAACAGUGAAAGGCGCUGAAAAACUUAUUGAAGCUCUCGAUGUGUUUCGUACUGAAAUAGAAAUACUUAAAGAGUAUGAACUUGAAUGCAAUGUCUGUGUUAAAGAUCAGAAACCAUUACCUAUGCGACCACAACCUAAUCCUAAUAUGAUGUACUAUAAAACUGACUGUCCUUAUCGUUAUAUAUUAGAAGUGUUAAAGAGAAUCAAAUCCAAUGAAUUAGAAGAAACUCUUUUAACACUUCCAUUCAAUUAUAUAAUAGAGUUAUUACAAGUAUUGGUGCAAUUGUGUGCCCGAAAGUGGGAAGUGGAGCUUUUAGGUCGUUGUAUUUGCUUUAUAUUAAGAGUAAACUUUGGUCAAAUUGUGUCGACACCAACUUUAUUGCCAACUUUGGAUCAAUUAAGACAUCAUAUGAAGAGUUCAGUUACAGAUCUCAAGGAUAUAGUGGGCGUAAACACAGCUUCUUUACAUUAUUAUCAUUCAAUACUUGAGUCCAAUGAAGAAGUUUCAUUGUUUAAGGAGGCUUUUGACAAACAGUCUCUUAGAAAGAAACGGCGUACCAAAAGUCAUACUACCAGUGCUCCAAUAAUGGCAUGGAAUUGAUUGUGGCAUCACUUCAAUGUUUUAAUGAAGAUAAUUAUGAUUUUUUUAUUAACUUUGAAUUUUAUGUAACAAAUAUAUUUUAUAUUGAUAUACAGUAUAACAAAAUGUAUUUCUAUAAAUUUACUAAUAAAUAAUU